GGAAACCAUAUCCUUGACAGAGAGAGUAUUUAAGGAGCUUCAGUGAAGGGCUGACAUCAUUUGACCCAGAGAAGACACAGUCUCCAGGACUCAUAAUUGAAAAGAAGGAAGCUAGAGUUUAUAACGGUCAUGUCCCUUUCUGCUGGUUUCCAGUUUAGUUUGAACUUCCAACAAACAAAGAAAGUCCUGCGGAAACUCACAGGAGUCUCUUGCAUGCUCCUGUUCACACUAUGCUUUUUUGCUGACCUGGAAAAUGGUGGAAAGGCUCUGGCUUCACCCCCUGGGAAAUGGAAGAAAGCUAACGUGAGGUUUGACUCAAACACGGCAUUUGAAUCACUGGUUGUGUCACCAGACAAAAAGACUGUGAAAAAUGUGGGUGUCCCCCAGGCUGUGCCAGACAAUCCAGAGAGAUUCAGUAGCAGCCCCUGUGUGCUGGGGUCUCCUGGAUUCCGAUCAGGGAGACAUUUCUUUGAAGUGAAGUAUGGGACGCAAAGGGAAUGGGCUGUUGGGUUAGCCGGGAAGUCUGUGAAGAGAAAAAGUUACCUCAGACUUGUCCCCGAAGAACUAAUUUGGCAAAGGGGCCUCUGGUGGCUUCGGCGACUGGAAACGGAUUCUGACAAGCUUCAAAAAGGCUCUGGAAAGAUUGUUGUCUUUCUGGAUUACAGUGAGGGAAAAGUGAUUUUUGACCAGGAUGGUGAAGUCACUACCGUCCAGGCCAAUUUCAAUGGGGAGGAAGUUGUACCCUUUUACUAUUUAGGGGAAGGUGUUUCACUCACAAAUCUUUAAGAAGUUACAAUUCUUAAUUAAAAGAGGGGACUUCUCUCUACACAACUUUUGCAGCGCCUGUUCAAGCAUUUAAUAAUCUCUGGCUUUGGGAGAAUAAUCAUGUAGAGGUAGUGCUCAAUUUACAACGGUUGGUUUAGUGGCUGUUUGAAGUGGCAUUGGAAAAUAUAACUUAUGACCAUUUUUCACACUUAUGACGGUUGCAGCAUUCCCAUAGUCAUGUGGUCAAAAAACAGUCACUUGACAACAGCCUUAUAUUUAUGAUGGCUGCAGUGUCCCGGGGUUAUGUGAUCAGCUUUUGUGACCUUCUGAGAAGCAAAAUCAGCGGGGAAGCCAGAUUCACUUAACAACUGUGUUACUAACUUAACAACUGCAGUGAUUCACUUAGCAACUGUGGCUAAAAAGGUCAUAAAAUCAGGCAAAACUCACUUAACAACUGUCUUGCUUAACAACAAAAAUUUGGGGCUCAAUUGUACUCAUAAGUCCUGUAUCAUAUGUCCUUCUACAUCCCCAAACUGCCAACAAAACUUAAAUUCUAGAUGUAUAAGGGUUUGUUGCCAUACACUUUACACUCCUUUGUUUAAACAAUAUUGCAUCCUUUUCCCCUUAGACACAUAAAGGUUUCUUGAAGGGAAUUACGGCAUAUUGAAGGUUGUCCCAGUAAUACACCAAAUCUGUUUAAUCAGUUGGACAAAAGGAAUCAUAUGUGUACUACUAAUAAAGUCUCCAUGUUAUU